UUAGCCAUGCCAAGCUCUGUCCCUUUAAGGGUCGUCCUGCUGGCUCCUCCCUCCGAAGGCAAAGAGUUUUGCCUGGUCAAAACAGAGGCAAGCAGUGAAAACUUUCAGCUGUCAUGGAAGUGUUGCAGGUGGUCUGGAGCUUGCUGGGCUUUUUGCUCGCGGUCUCCCUCCUGUCUUUCGGUCUUUACUGUUUCUACAUCAAAACGGUCCAUUGGAGAUAUGAUCACAUCCCGGGGGCCCCGCGGGCCAGUUUUUUCUUUGGUCAUAUGCCAGUCCUGUGGGAAAGCUUGAAAAGUAAGAAACUGGCUCACAAUAUCUUUCUGCAAUGGGCUGAGGAAUAUGGGCCAGUCUUACGUUUUAACGCCUUUCAUAGAGUGUCCUUAUUGGUAGUGAGUCCUGAAGCAGUAAAGGAAUACUUGAUGUUACCACAGUACCCAAAGGACCGAAUUACAUAUGGCCGUCUUUUCAAUAUGUUUGGUGUAAGAUUUUUAGGGAAUAGCCUGGUAACUGAUCGUGACUAUGACCAUUGGCACAAGCAGCGGAGAAUUAUGGAUCCGGCGUUCAGUCGAACUUACCUGAUUGACUUGAUGGGACCUUUUAAUGACCAAGCAGAAGAGCUUAUGAAGGAGCUGCAGAAAAAAGCAGAUGGAGAAACCCAAGUGGAUGUGAUGAACCUGCUGAGACGGGUGACGCUGGACAUCAUUGCAAAGGUAGCUUUUGGCCUAGAAUUGAACACUCUGCACGAUGACCAGACCCCUUUUCCACAUGCAGUGAACUUGGUCAUGAGAGGACUAGGCGAAGGACGCAAUCCGUUUUUCAAGUAUAUGCCAAGGAAUAGAAAAAUAGUGCAAGAGAUUCGGGAGAGUCUGAAACUGCUCCGUCGGACUGGGAAGGAGUGUAUCGAGCGGAGGCGCAAAGCCAUUGAGAAUGGAGAAGAGAUCCCCAUGGAUAUUCUGAGCCAGAUCUUAAAGAGUGCAGCUCAGGAAGGGGACUGUGAUGAAGAAACGAUCCUCGAUAAUUUUGUCACUUUCUUUUUUGCAGGUCAUGAAACCACUGCCAAUCAGUUAUCUUUCACCGUAAUGGAACUGGGACGGCAUCCAGAGAUUGUUGCAAAACUUCAGGCUGAAGUGGAUGAGGUUAUUGGUGUGAAGACAGACAUUGCCUAUGAAGAUCUUGGAAAGCUUGAAUACCUAUCACAGGUCCUCAAAGAGGUUCUACGAUUAUAUCCACCAGCUCCAGGCACAGUACGCUGGACAGGGAAGGAGAAUGUCAUUGAAGGGGUUAAAAUUCCAGCAAACACCACCCUGAUUUUUAGCUCAUACAUCAUGGGACGUAUGGAAAGAUAUUUCAAGGAUCCACUGACUUUCAAUCCUGACCGAUUUAGCAAAGAUGAACCAAGCAUGAUUGAAUGCUGUCGAUUUAUUUCCUUUGCAGAGGAGUUGGGUUUCUGGGUAAUUGCAGUAAAUAAGCACAGACUGCUCACUCUUCCGUUUUUCUCUUCACGGCAGAUGGAGGCGAAAGUGGUCAUGGCCAAAUUUCUGCAGAGGUUUGAAUUCCAGCUGGUUCCACCACAGAGCUUUAGAGUUUUGGACACAGGGACACUGAAGCCUGCAGAUGGCGUGGUAUGCAGGUUGAAACCACGAUGUCAUUAAUUAAAAUUCAGUGGAAUGUUAGAAGCCAUAUGGGGAAAUGUUGAAGGAUAUUUAGUCCACAGUCAGUGUGAUUCGGUGAUUUUGGAUUUUGAGGGUGAGGUGGCAUCUGUGGCCGCCCUUCUUAAUAUUCAGCAGCUUGUUCUUUGCCCUUGUAUUGGUUGCCUGUAUAUUUCCCUUUGUCUUUGGACCGAAUCCAGAACACCACAUGAAUUAAAGGCUGCUGCUCCUUUUCAGGCAAGGGUGGGUGGAAAAUGACGACAAAGGAGCGGCAGAGUCACCUGGCAGUGGACUCCUUGCUGUAAGGUGGGCCUUCAUGGCUC